AGGGCCAUGAAGUGAAACUCUUUGGUGACGGGAAUGCUGCUUCCGUUUUGUACAUCUAAGAUCCGUUGAAACCGCGAAAUGUUGACUGAUUGAAAAUUUGCUGUUAUGGCGUAUGGAGGCGGUCCUAAUUCGAAAGCAUUCCCUAAAUCGGAUAUCAGCACCCGAAACCCUAACGAUGAUUACGAGCUUAUCGAGAAGAUCGGCCGUGGAACUUACGGCAGCGUCUUCAAGGCCAAGAAAAUAUCAACGGGAGAGUAUGCUGCGAUCAAAAAGAUCCAACUUGAGCCUGGGGAUGAUUUUUCGGAAAUUGAAAGAGAAAUCAUCAUGCUGAAGGAUUGUCGGCAUCCGAAUAUUGUAGCGUAUUAUGAGAGCUAUUGGCGACGAGGGCAUCUUUCCAUUUGCAUGGAAUAUUGCAGUGGGGGAUCGAUUAUGGAUCUUUACCGAGUGACUGGACCGCUUUCGGAAAAGCAAAUCGCUUUUGUUUGCCGGGAAACUCUUCGUGGACUGGAAUAUUUGCAUAGUAGAGGAAAAAUGCAUCGGGACAUCAAGGGUGCGAACAUUCUGAUAACUGAAGAAGGAGAUGCGAAGCUAGCAGAUUUUGGAGUUUCCGCACAAAUAACGGAUACCUUCUGUAAAAGGAAAUCUUUCAUUGGAACACCAUUUUGGAUGGCUCCGGAAGUAGCCGCCGUCGAGAAGAAGGGCGGGUAUAACCACCUUUGCGAUAUAUGGGCUGUUGGCAUUACUGCGAUAGAAAUGGCUGAAUUGGAUCCUCCGUAUGCUGAGUUGCAUCCGAUGCGAGCUCUUUUCAUCAUGUCGAAGCGGUCUUUCAAGCCUCCUACGUUGAAGAAUAAAGAAAAAUGGUCAAGUGAUUUUCGGGACUUCAUCAAAGUCGCCUUGAAGAAGGAUCCCAAGAAGCGUCCUCCAGCGGAACAUCUACUGCAACACAAAUUCGUAACCGGUUAUUUAACAAAGGCAUUGAUGGUAGAAUUGCUGCAGAAAGCUCGUGCUCUACCGGUGCAUGGAGGAAUCAAUGGAGAUCAUGAUGAUGAGGUUUUGGAAAACGUUCCUCAAAGAAUCGAGUCUCGACGGGUCGGUCGUGAUAAGGAGCGUACGCGGUCAGAAAUACUCAUGGAAAACAUGAACCUUCCACCCAAUUCGGCCUACCAGCGCACAGACGAACCCUCUGUUGCCGUUAGCUGGGUUGGCACAGAUGAUCAGAUUAAUGAAGCUAAGAUUGAGGGGACAUCUAGUGAAGCUUGGCUUGAGAAUGCGAAACAGGAAGACGUAAAAAAGGGUCUGUUACAUUUUAUUGAUGAAGAGCUGAGACUGAGAGGGCACCAUGGUACGUUGCUGCCGUCAGACGAUAACUCUUAUGAAAAGAGGGAUACUCUGCGGAUUGGCAACAGACGUACGGAAAAAAAUGAUACGGAUACUAUGGUGCGGUCGGACGCCUGGCAGGAUGCGAUGGAAGCUGAGUCGCACACCGGUUCAGGACGAGGCAUGAGGAGAUAUUCUAGCUUCGAAGGCGUGAGUGGUUCAAGUCCUGACGACGAACUCGCGGAUAGAGUCAAUACCUUGACACUUGGAGCCCAGUCUGAACGAGCUUUGAGCGAUACAGAAUCCAGCGCACGGACUUCGCGUUCCUCUGGGAAACGUAUAACUCCUGAACCAACGCAACCACCGGAAGCCCCUCCGCGAAAACGUGACCGUAGGAAAACUUCCCCUUCUAGUUCGCGCGACGGUCCCGCGAAAGGACUUCCGCCUACUCGCCAGGCUCAUAUGGGAGCUGGUUUUGCAAAAGUGUUCAAUUGUUGCCCGUUGAAAAUUAAUUACGCCACGAGCUGGGUGCAUCCCACCACCCGAAAUCAGCACAUUCUCAUUGGUGCUGACGAGGGUAUUUACACCUUGGAUUUGGCCGAGCUGCAUGAAGGCACAAUGCACCUACUUACUGGUCGAAAAACCACUUGGAUGUUCGCCAUGAAAGAUGUGCUGAUGACCAUUUCCGGAAAAACUCCUCACCUCUACAGUCAUGACUUGCUUGCUCUGCACAGUCAGCUGACUCAAAAAUUUUCGUUACCGAGGCCAAUAAACCGUAUUCCGGAAAGAUUUGUCCCCCGCCGAUUCGCCAUCUCGACAAAGAUCCCGGACACCAAGAGUUGCCUCCGUUGUUGUGUGUCGCGUAAUCGCUUUGACGGCUAUACGUAUUUGUGUGGAGCUACACCUACUGAGGUUUUCCUCAUGCAGUGGUAUGAGCCACUCCGGAAAUUUAUGGUAUUGAAGACAGUUUGUUGGAUGUUUCCUGCAAUUCCUCGUCUAUUUGCGAUGGUGAUUUCGGGAGAUGCUGAGUAUCCACGCAUAUGCAUUGAUGCACGACAUCGUUACGAUGAUCCCGACCAGCUUGAUUUGGUCAUGAUUGAUUUAUCAAGCGCUCAUUGUACUGUUCAAAAGUGUGAUGAUGACGACGAUGAGGGAGUUUGCGACGGCGGAGACACGCUUGUGCCGCAGAAUAGUGAAAAAGGCCCACGUCACGUUGUCCAACUUGAAGGAGAUGAUUGUAUCCUUGUGUCUUACCCAAAACUAGUGCAGAUCAUGGAUUUGGACGGGAGACCAAUUGGUCGACCUGUUGAUGAUCGAACGGAGCACCCCGUAUCUAGUCGUCUUGUUUCCAGGCUGACGUUUGACUUCACAAUCGAGCGGAUUGUAUGCCUCGCUGACUCCGUCCUUGCCUUUCAUGAGCACGGAUUCCAGGGACGCAGUUUGACCACUGGAGAAGUCACGCAGGAGAUCACAGACCCAUCGAGAUCUUUUAGGGUCUUAGGAGUAGAAAGGACGAUUGUUGUUCAGAGCAGACCUGCAGGGAGACAAGAUCGAAGUGAAGGCGUGAAUUUAUACAUCUUAACGGGACACGAAGACACUUUGUAG